AGCCGUCGCGCAUACAAACGCUACAGGUUGCAGCUGCUCGAUAAAAAUUCUUUCAUUGCCUCCGUGAAACUUCUUUCACGAAAAGAGUUCUUUGUCUGAGUAGAGGUAGAAGACGCGAUACAUUUUUCCCUUCCUUACAAACGUAAGUUUUUUAGACGUCGAAUGAGAUCAUCAGUGCAAAGAUGACGCUGCCGUGUAUUAGCAUUGUGAGCAACGAGAACCAAUAAGAAGACGCAUUAUAUCGAAUCCAGUACACCCGUUCUCAAGGAGGCUUUUGAUUGGUCGGCUUCAAUUUCCCAAGUAACAUCGGGCCACCCGCCAUAACGAACGUAGCGUGUUUAAUAUUAAUAGUGUACACGGGACUGGUUGCAUACGAGGAAACUUAUGGUGACAAUUUGAAAGACAUGGAAGUUGCACAAAAGUUGCAUUUCGACGCAUGCGACAUUCAAAAUGAGGAACUAAAUAUUAGCUGUCAUACAAACAGCUCCGGCUGUGAUGUCGAUGAUAUAUUGGACUCUUCCGCGGAGGAUCUUGGAUGUUCACCUCCGCUUCAACCGAAAAAAUUGUUCAGAAAUACAAUGGGCUGUUGUGACAGUGAAAGUACAUCAAGAAUUAGGAUUCCUCCUCGCGAAAAUAUGUGUUCUCAAAAAAUAUCAAUGGCAUGUAGUCCACCUUACAAACGUGUUAGAGCAUUACGUCUUUUUGAUUCUCCCGCUACUCCAAAAACGUUAAUGGAAAAGAGUGCGAUGCAUACUCCAUUUCCGACUAAAUGUACCAGACUAUUUUCAUUAGAUAAACCCAGACCAUGUAAUUACCAAAAUAAAUCUGACAAACCUGCUGCUAAUGUGAAUCCUUUUACACCAAAUGGAAUGCUGUUAACUGCAAGGAAACGCACUAGAUCUAAGCGUAGUUUGAUUGGUUCUCCAGAUAUCCAAAUUCCAAAAUUUGAUCUCGGCGAUUCCGAAGAUUCCGAUAACGAAAUAGAACAAGCUACAAAACGUGUAGCAUUGCAAGAUUCUAAUAUUCCACGAUAUCAUCAAGAGUUCCAUGAACUUGGCUUAAUUGGAACAGGUGAAUUUGGUUCCGUUUACAAAUGCAUUAAUCGAUUAGACGGAUGCAUUUAUGCCAUUAAGAAAAGUAUUAAACCUGUAGCUGGAAGUAUUAAUGAAAAGAAUGCCUUAAACGAAGUAUAUGCGCAUGCUGUACUCGGUAAACAUCAACACGUUGUAAGAUAUUAUUCUGCAUGGGCAGAAGAUAAUCACAUGAUAAUUCAAAAUGAAUAUUGUAAUGGUGGUAGUCUAGCAGAUGGGAUUAUCAACUUAGAGAAAGAAAAAAAGCAUUUUACUGAAGCGGAAAUGCGACAAUUAUUGUUACAUGUUGCUGAAGGUUUAAGAUACAUUCACAGCAUGCAAUUAGUACAUAUGGAUAUUAAACCUGGAAAUAUCUUUAUUUCUAAAGAGAAGAGGUUACUCGCAGUUAAUUAUGAUUCAGCUGACGAUGGUUUCGACGAAGAGGAAACUGUAGAAGAAGAAAUUACUUACAAAAUAGGAGAUUUGGGUCACGUUACAUCCGUCAAUAAUCCUCAAGUUGAAGAAGGGGAUUGUAGAUAUCUUCCAACGGAGAUUUUGCGGGAAGAUUUCAGUCACUUACCAAAAGCCGAUAUUUUCGCUUUGGGAUUAACUGUUUAUGAAGCAGGUGGUGGAGGUCCAUUACCUAAAAACGGACCAGAAUGGCAUGAUAUUAGAAAUGGAAAUUUAAAGGAAUUACCACAUUACAGUCGUGAUCUUAACGAAUUACUUAAAUUGAUGAUUCAUCCAAACCCUGAAAUGAGACCAUCAGCAAUAUGUCUUAUACAACAUAGAGUAUUGUGUCCAUUUGGAAAUAAAACAAAAGCACAACUUCGGCGGGAAUUGAAUGCAGAAAAAUUAAAAAAUGAAAUUCUAUCGAAACAGCUGCAAGAAGCUGCUAAAUGUCUAAAAACUAUUGCCCCAAACGUAGCAGCAAUUAAUAAUAAUACAAUGAAUGCAGGAGGCUAUGAAUUAAGACCUACACCAACUAGAACUUCGUCUCGAGUAGUGGGUAAAAAAGUCAACAGAAGCAAUAGCACUACAAACUUUUAAAUGUUCUGUGUUAUGUUUGUGCUGGACUAAAGGAGAGGGGUAUAGGUGCUUAAGGAAAAAAAAAAAUAAAUUUUCUAAGUGCCUUGACAUUGUGAUAUGAAUUAACUCUAGUUUAUAAGAAAAACUAUGGUCAAUAUUUGAUAGUAAGAGAAUAUGAUAAGUAUACAGAGUGAAAUUGUACAAUAGCCACGGGUAUACUCUUGCAGCGAUGAAGGCAUUAUACAGAUAAGAUAAAGUGUGAAUUUUAUGCAUGAUAAUUAUAAACAGGUAACUUCUUAAUUAUCCGUAUUUUACAUUUCAUCAUUAAUUAAAUUUUUAGAUGGAUAAUACAGUAAUCUAAUAUCGUUUACUCAUGUAUAUUGUUUGGUUUUUUUUUCUUUUUCUUAUAUAAGAUAAAAAUUAGAUCCAUAAGAUUUGAAAAUUCUAAUUAUUGGUAUUGUUCAUCAUUAGUCUAUUUAUCAUAAAAGUAUAGGAAAUGUAACAAAAUCUAUUUCUUUAUAAAGAAUGAAGAUAAUUUUAUUAAAUACUUCCUUGUAUGUUCCUAUUAAUAAGUUUUUAUUUACCUACUUUGUACAAUUACAAUAUACAUAUAUUUUAUAACAUUACUGCUUUUUUUACUCUAUUCAAGCAGUAUUAUGAAAAAGAGUAGUAUUGACGGAAAUCGAAUGAAAAUAUUUUUAACAUCAGUUACUAAUUAAGGUUUUGACAUAUCAUUGUGUUAUACUUCCAUUUUUGUUUGAGAUUUAAUGUAAUAAAUAACUGGAAGUACUAACAGUAGACUAUGAGAAAUUGUCCAUUACAAAUAUAUUUUUAUAUAUAGAUAUUUACAUAUAAUAAUAGUUCGGCGUUGUGUAUUGUUUAGUGUGUAAUUAUUAAUUAAUCUCUGUAUUAUCCAUCGUUUAUUAUUAUCAGAUUCUUGUAAGGGUGUUCAAAUAAUUACUUUUUUUUUUGUAAUUUUCAUACUCAGAUGAAAGACUGUUACCUUAAAUAUAUUGUAUUGAAUAAUUUUUAUAUUUUUGCACGACAUAGACUCAAUAUUUUUUAGGAGUAUAUAUAUAUACAUGUUUUUUAAAUUAAUAAUGAAUAAAUCGAUAUUAUAUAUUGCUUGUAUAGAAAACUAACCAAAUAGAAACUAAUGACUGACAUAGCACUUCAUCUAAGCAUAAUUCCUAGCCCUAAUACUUACAAUUUUACUCUGUGUAUUCUUUAUAUAAGGGAAUAACUCUUAAAAUUAUAAACAAUUAAAGAGUGAACGUAAAAAUGUUUUAAGUUUAAAUUAUUUUUAUGAUACCUUUUUAUAGUCAUAUUAUCUUUGGCAUGCUCUGAAAUUCGUAUUAUACAAGUUUCCCUUGUGUUUUUAAUAUAUAUACAUAUAUUGGAUAAAUAUUGAUGUAAAAUAAUUUGCAUUUUUAGUGUAAGUGGUACUACCGAUUAGAUAUUUCUUAUUCUACUUACUAAUACAAAAAUUCACAAAAAAAUAUAUUUGUUUCAUUAUCGAAUGUGUAUUGAAUUUAAAAGUACUACAAAUUUUUCUAUGUUGGACAGACUGACCGAUGCAUUUUUUUACUUCACUUUUUGUUUUGUAAUAUACUGUGUUUCUUGAUCAGGAAUGACAAAAACUAAUGGUUUAUUACGGUAUAGUGAAUUCAAAGCCUUGUACCAGACAAAUGCAUUCAAUGAAUUAUUUUGUUCCUCAAACUAGCAUCGAAUAGAUGUCUUAUGUACAAUUAUUUGGCUUCUAGCUAAUAAACAAAUCAAAGCUUUUGUACCUUGACUUAAUAUUCUCGUGUCACUGAGCAUGCUAAUAUGUGAUCUUUUUUAUAUUUGCAUUACUGAAACAUUUCAAUAUUUAUAUGAAAAAAGAAAGAGGAUAUAUAUAUAUAGCAUGUGUUGUAAUGGUUUACAUUACUGUUUACGAAACAAUCUGGAUUGCAGUUUUUAAUAUCAUGAGGUUCUUUUUUUUGUAGUUUGUGUUACAAACUACUUGUGUCUUUUAUUCGCAGUAUAAAUUCGGUUCUUAAAAAUAAGGUUUAUCAAAAAGUUUUCUGUUAUAUUGUCAAAAUGUUGAAAAGUAAUGCAAUCAAAUAUUAAUUCCCAUGAGUGUGCAACCUCGUUUACAAACCAAUGUUAUGUAUGUAGUCAUACACCGCGCUAUGUAUAAAAGUUAUGAAGUUUUGUAAGAAAAAAUGUGAAUAAUCGAUAAAGGAGCUGUGUAAGCUUCAAACUGUGUGCCAAGAAGGGUGGACCCCAACUCAUGGCAGUACGUUUAUUGUGAACUGUUGUUUCAUUAAUCUUAUUAUUAUUAUUAAUAUUAUUGUAUUAUUAUUAUUAUUAUAAUAAAUAAUGAAUGAAUAAUUAA